AUGCCUAUUCAACUUCGACAACGCCUAGACUGUCACUACUGCGGCCGGAGGUCAAAACUUAGCAAGAAACAAGACCGCAAGUUCAAGUGUGAGCACUGUCUGGCGGUCAAUUUCUUUGAUGAGAACGGUGAAAUUGCAGAUGUCCCUCUAGAAGAAGCCGCACCCGAGCAACAGCGCUUCGCCCAGCCAGUGGUCACAGAUCCUCUCGUAGACGACUUUUCUUCCCAAGAGUCUAUAUUCUGCUCAACAUGUCUCAAGAAUCAGCACUUGUACACCUACAAUCUCUCUCAAUUCCUCCCGGAUCCGGAUGAUCCAGACUACGAAAAGUUGGAGGCAGAACUGCCAGACUACAAGAAGGGCCUGGAACAACGGUAUCCUCAAUGCUGCGCUCGCUGCGAACCAAAGGUCAGGGCACGAUUGCACCAGGCUACAUACAAUGCGAGAAGCGAUCACCUGCGAAGAGUUUUAGAGACCUCACGGCAGCGGAGGGUUGCAAGUCGAUGGGGUUGGAGAAGUCUGGUAGUCAGUGCCGGCGGACUGGGAUAUUUCACAAGCCUGGCUGUGCAAUUGGCCUGGCAUCUCUAUGGCUCACAAGUCAGUGGCAUUCAUCUCGUCCCAGGAGGACGGCCAAUGGACUGCUUCACAUGGCGACCCUUCCGCCCUCAAUGCCUGGACAUGACGGAACCAUUUGUCGGUCUUUCGCUCAAUCUCGGCCUUCUUUGCAUAUGGUGGAAUCCAAAAUGGCAGCAUAAACUGGCUAACAAUGAAGAACGGCUGAUUGGGCUGAAUGAAUACUAUCUGGCGCAAUUUGCUUUACUGGGGCUAAGGUUCAGUGCGUGGAUCGUGAUGUGUCAUAUGCCUCUUGCGACGAAAGUGAAAACUGCGCUUCAUGCUUGCUUUGCAGGAGCAAUCACGCUCAUUGCAGGAUGGUCUUCUUUUGGUAUAAUCAAGGUCAAAGGCGCGCCAUCUGUCAACUGGCAUGAAGAACCGGCUCCGCUUCUUUCGAAAAAUCAGUUCGUCCCACCAGCUCUAUCGCAGCCACAGGAACCAUUCCCAGACCAAGACCAACCUUUCAAUGUCGGAACUUUGUCGACACCACCGAGACCAAAUUACCAGGCAUGGAGACCUCCCACUCCUCCCGACGACAGUGCUGAAUUGAUGGAUUGGACUCCGUCGCAGCCGACCUUUCAACCCGAACUGAAGCAGGUCCGAUACAAAUCUCUCGGUCCUUCUCCUUUUCAUGGUGCUCUCCCGGCACUGAAUGCACAGGGGUUGCGGAGGCAAACCGGUCAAAACCAAUCGGCGUCGAAAGAGGCAAUCGGUCUACCACCAGGAUUCUUCGACCGCCCAGAGAAAUCAGCUCUGCCUCCUCGUCAACAAACGUCAGCCAGCGAGGAUAUUGCACAACCAAAGUUCUUCGGCCACGACAGAGAAGCUGAUACUGGUCUGGAAAAUAUCUUUGGAACUGUUUUCUCUCUUCAAGACAAAUCUCUCGGGACCCCACAUUCCCCUGCUGUACUUGAGCUCCAGCCACCGACGACGGGUUCUGGCACGGAGGACAGUUCGGGAAAUCCAGCUACCCGCGCCAAGGACUCAUAUCUGGCCAUCUUUAGUGGUAUCUCCUUUUUCUCGAUCUUGAUGGCGGUUGUGGCGUGGAUUUUCGAGGCGACUUUGGUAUCUCAAACGUCACAAUUUGGAUAUGGCGUUGUCUUGUUCAGCGCGGGCAUCUCAGUCGCCCACCUAGGACUAUUGAUAUUUCUUCAUGGAUCGAAAGGCCAAUUCCCUUGCCUGCUGUUCUUGGGCUUUGAAGCAAGCUUAUUGAUUGUAGUCGCCCUGUUACGGGAGCCAUUCGGCGAGCUCUUCGGAGAUCUUUGGAAUAAGCUUGGAAUUGCUGUGGUGACACUAUUACUGCCCCAGGAAUUUCUGCAAAUGAAUCAUUCAAGCGUGACGGUCCAAUCUCAGGACGAACAUUUUGCUCCAGUUCGGCAGGUUCAAAACGACCAAGACAUUCCUAGAACACCACGACCGAUCGGGGUGCAGUCGGAACUCGCUCGACGAGAUUCCACUGAGUCAAUAGAAAAUAAGACGUCAACGGCAACUACAUCGACUGCCUGGGAGUGGCAGGACUCCACGCCUCAUCGAGAACAUUUCGAAAUCCCGCCUCUAUCUAGGGCAACCCCAAGAUCUGUCGGCCGGGGCAUUGAGGCUCAGGAACAACGGCCUUCUAGACGAAGCAUGUUUGGUAUGGAGGGCUUGUCGUUGAGUGAUGGACCGCCCUCGAGAAACAGUAAUGGAAAUGGCGUGGGAAAAGGCAUCGGAUCGGGAACAAAUUGGGAUCUGCAGUUUUCGGGGUCAAAUAUCGCCAACCCGAGAGCCAGACGGCGGUUUUAA